UUCCCCUGAAGACACCCUUAGUAUCAGGCAGAGAACCAGCCCUCCACCUGGCCAGAGGGACACUGAGUUGUGUCAUUCUGCAGCCUCCCGUUCCCUCUAGGGCCCAUGGGCCUUGCCCCUGACCCUGGGGACAUCCAGCUCAGGUCUGCCCUCAUGGCCUCAAGUUAGGAGCUACAAAAUUUUAACUAGACAUAUUGAUCAUUAACAGGGGGUCGAAAGGAGUCCACACACAGUCUCACUGGGAGGCACAGAUUCACAGUGCCUGGGGCCUCCUGUGGAGAUGAUGGGCCCCCGAGUCUGGUCCUCUGUGAGGCAGGGCCUAAGCAGAGGCCUGGCCCAGAACAUAAAGGGCUUGGCCUCAGGGGAGGGGAGGAAGAUGGAUAUUGCAGGCAUCUACCCCCCUGUGACUACCCCCUUCACUGCCACCGCAGAGGUGGACUAUGGGAAACUGGAAGAGAAUCUACACAAAUUGGGCACCCUCCCCUUCCGAGGCUUUGUGGUCCAGGGCUCAACUGGCGAAUUCCCCUUCCUGACCAGCAGUGAACGCCUACAGGUGGUGAGCCGAGCACGCCAGGCCAUGCCCAAGGACAAGCUCCUGCUAGCUGGCUCCGGCUGCGAAUCCACUCAAGCCACAGUAGAGAUGACUGUCAGCAUGGCCCAGGUCGGGGCUGAUGCAGCCAUGGUGGUGACCCCAUGCUACUAUCGCGGCCGCAUGAGCAGUGCAGCCCUCAUUCACCACUACACCAAGGUUGCUGACCUCUCUCCAAUCCCUGUGGUGCUGUACAGUGUCCCAGCCAACACGGGGCUGGACCUGCCUGUGGAUGCAGUGGUCACACUUUCCCAGCACCCGAACAUCGUGGGCAUGAAGGACAGUGGUGGUGAUGUGACCAGGAUUGGGCUGAUUGUUCACAAGACCAGAAGGCAGGAUUUCCAGGUGUUGGCUGGCUCGGCGGGUUUCCUGCUGGCCAGCUAUGCUGUGGGAGCUGUGGGGGGCGUGUGUGCCCUGGCCAAUGUCCUUGGGGCUCAGGUGUGCCAGCUGGAGCGACUCUGCCUCACAGGGCAAUGGGAAGAUGCCCAAAAGCUGCAGCACCGCCUCAUUGAGCCAAACGCUGCGGUGACCCGGCGCUUCGGGAUCCCAGGGCUGAAGAAAACCAUGGACUGGUUUGGCUACUAUGGAGGCCCCUGCCGUGCCCCUCUGCAGGAGCUGAGCCACACAGAGGAGGAGGCACUGCGUGUGGAUUUCACCAGCAAUGGAUGGCUCUGAGGGCAAGCAGGGUCCAUGGCUGGCCUGAGCCCAUCUCAGCUUCCUGUCUUACGCUACAGCCUGAAGAGGAGCCUGGGGGUGGGAGGGGAUUAGGAGUAGAGGCUCCCUUGCCUACUUCUGUCUUCCAGGUAGCCUUCCACAAGGCAAGCCCAUGCGCAUCUCCUAUUCUCACUGCCCCAUGACUUCACACUUUCAAAUCCCAAACUCUGUUUCUAGACAUGCUCUUCCUAGUCUUUAAUCUUUAGACUGGGAAGGAGCAAUUUCAAUUUCAUACCUGCCUUUCCACUGUGGAUGCUUUCCUAUGUCUUGGCCAGGAGCCAGAAGGAAGGGCAAAGGUGCAGUUGGGCACAGUAAGGGAAUUUAUUUUAUGGAGGGGCAACUAUUUAGACUUAGGGCUACAAACCUGAGUCUAGCACAAUAGAGCUGUGAGCCAGGGCUACUCCUCAGAACCUAAGUUCUGACUCCUUCGAGGGAAAGCAGUUAAGUUAAAAAAUUAAUCAGGAAGGUGUGAUGAGUCUUUGAAAGCUUCCCCAAAGCUGCAUUCUAGCCACAACACCCUUUCCUAAAUCUAUUUUCAUUCAUCCCACAUUCUUAUCUCUAGCUUUGAAUGUAAUCUUUAGUACACGUAGCCCAAUGGCUUGUCAGAUUAGUAAAUAAUGACACCUGGUGGCUAAAUGUUGCAUUCUCAACUAUUCUGGCCAGCCUAGGGCUGAAAUACUAGGGAGGGGUACUGAGCCUGAGACAGGGCCAUCCUCCUGCCUACAGACACAUGGCUUUUAUUAUU